GUUUGAUAUGAUGAUUAGAACAUAACCACAGUGACACGUUGAAUUCGCCAUAAUCAAGGAACCUUUUCCGGGUGGGGAUCUCAGAAAUCACUCAGUGAGCAACCCUAAUUACCCUGAUUUUUUGCUGAUAAUCACUCUCAAUGGAAUCAAAUCACAAAUCCAGGGAUGGAUUGAGCGGCAUCCAGAAGGAAGCAGCCCUCCGCGCACUGACCCAGCGCACAGGAUAUAGCUUGAUCCAGGAAAAUGGUCAGAGAAAGUACGGGGGCCCUCCACCGGGCUGGGAUGCUCCGCCCCCAGAAAGAGGCUGUGAGAUUUUUAUUGGAAAACUUCCCCGGGACCUUUUUGAAGAUGAACUUAUACCAUUAUGUGAAAAAAUUGGUAAAAUUUAUGAAAUGAGAAUGAUGAUGGAUUUUAAUGGCAACAAUAGAGGAUAUGCAUUUGUAACUUUCUCAAAUAAACUGGAAGCCAAGAAUGCAAUCAAGCAACUUAAUAAUUAUGAAAUCAGAAACGGGCGUCUCUUAGGGGUCUGCGCCAGCGUGGACAACUGCCGGUUGUUUGUUGGGGGUAUCCCAAAAACUAAGAAGAGGGAAGAAAUCUUAUCAGAGAUGAAAAAGGUCACCGAAGGAGUCGUGGAUGUCAUCGUCUACCCAAGCGCUGCAGAUAAAACGAAAAACCGGGGCUUUGCCUUCGUGGAGUACGAGAGUCACCGCGCGGCUGCCAUGGCCAGGAGGAAGCUACUGCCAGGAAGAAUUCAGUUAUGGGGACAUCCGAUUGCAGUAGACUGGGCAGAACCAGAAGUAGAAGUUGACGAAGACACAAUGUCUUCGGUGAAAAUCUUAUAUGUAAGAAACCUCAUGCUGUCUACCUCGGAAGAGAUCAUUGAAAAGGAAUUCAACAAUAUUAAACCAGGUGCUGUGGAAAGAGUGAAGAAAAUCCGGGACUACGCUUUCGUGCACUUCAGCAACCGAGAAGAUGCAGUUGAGGCUAUGAAAGCUUUGAAUGGGAAGGUAUUGGAUGGUUCUCCCAUUGAAGUGACCCUGGCUAAACCAGUGGACAAGGACAGUUACGUUAGGUAUACCCGAGGCACAGGUGGAAGAGGAACGAUGCUGCAAGGGGAAUAUGCCUACCCUUUGGGCCAUAUUUAUGAUCCCACUACCACCUACCUUGGAGCUCCUGUCUUCUAUGCCCCCCAAGCCUAUGCAGCAAUUCCUAGUCUCCAUUUCCCGGCCACCAAAGGACAUCUGAGUAACAGGGCCAUUCUCAGAGCCCCUUCUGUGAGAGAAAUUUACAUGAAUGUACCUGUAGGGGCUGCGGGAGUGAGAGGACUGGGCGGCCGUGGCUAUUUGGCAUAUGCAGGCCUGGGUCGUGGCUACCAGCUCAAAGGAGACAAGAGGGAGGAUAAACUCUAUGACCUCCUGCCUGGGAUGGAGCUCACGCCAAUGAAUCCUGUCACUUUAAAACCCCAAGGAAUUAAACUUGCUCCACAGAUAUUAGAAGAAGUCUGUCAGAAAAAUAACUGGGGACAGCCAGUGUACCAGCUGCAUUCUGCCGUUGGACAAGACCAAAGACAAUUAUUCUUAUAUAAAAUAACUAUCCCUGCUUUGGCCAGCCAGAAUCCUGCAAUCCAUCCUUUUACACCUCCAAAGCUGAGUGCCUAUGUGGACGAGGCAAAGACCUAUGCAGCUGAGUACACCCUGCAGACUCUGGGUGUUCCCACUGAUGGAGGGGACGCCGGGACUGCGGCCACUGCUGUCACUUCUGCACCUAUCUUCCCAGGAUAUGCUGUUCCCAGUGCAACCACACCUGUCUCUGCAGCCCAGCUCAAGCAAGCGGUCACCCUUGGCCAAGACUUGGCAGCGUAUGCAGCCUAUGAGGUCUACCCCACUUUUGCAGUGACUGCCCGAGGGGAUGGAUACGGACCCUUCUGAAGAUGUCUCUCUUUUAACUUAGGGAUAAGAUACACAAAACUGUAUUAUAGAAGAAAUAAACCUCUCAGUCCCCUGAUGACAAAAACCGUGCCUUCCCUAAAGCAGUGCCUUUCCUGAGACUGUAUGACUUAUAUCAUACAGAGUCAUCAAAUGUGAAUAUUUUUUCUCAUUGAAAUCAAAUGCUAAAGAGUCUUGUUUAACAGAAAGCUGGAGUCACUAACCCCAAAAGUCAUUCUUCCAAGGUUCCCAAACGUCCUGGGGCUAUGUUUACAGUCUCUGACAAAGCAGGGAGAGAUCUCUCAGCAGGCAGGAGCCAGAGCUCAGCAAACAUGCACCAGCAGUUACAAGUGAGGCGGUUCAUCUCCAGAGGCUCAACCCUGGCUCAUGGCUGCUGUGUGGGACACGAAGUCAAGAAGAGGCAAAAGCAAUUGGGAAGACUUGGCAGGAUCCCUUGACUUUGAGGCUUUGUCUCAUGCCUGAACUCGUGAAAACAAUCCAAGAUCAUGUGGACUCAGCAUCACUUUGGUCUGAAAAUUCCACCCCACUUGCCAUAGGUCAGGAUCUUCCUAGCGCAUGCACUCCCUGACAUUUCCAAAAAACUGAUAGAAGUUGCAUGUGUGGCCAAAGCAAUUCUUGACUGCUUGUUUAUCCAAUUCAUUAACCCAUGUCUAUUUUUCCCUAGAACUCCUCUCCCUCCCCAGGAUACCCACAGCACAAAAACCAUGCCAACAUGAAAUGACUUUUCACCAUUUUAAAGACUUUUAGUUGUCCAUACUGAUUUAUUUUCCUCUCCAAUUCAUUUUGCUUUUCUCUAAUAUUAUAAGAAAGUAAACCAGCCCUACAUGAUAACACAUACAAUACUUUUUUCCUAUUCAGCAAAUUGCCUGAAAAUUCAUUUCAAAGAGCAAAGUGGAGUUUCCAUUUCUUAUUUUGCUUUGUUAUUUUUUUUCUUAUGUGCUAUGGAUCAACCCAGGGUCUUACACAUACAAUGUAGACACUCUACCACUGAAUUACACCCGCAGGCCUGAAUUCAUUACUGCAAUCUUUUUUCAGUACCCAGACUACCAUCAAGCAUUCAGGAAAGUUAUAUUAACUUGAGGUUAGUCUUAAAUUAUCUCAUCCACUUAUAUCAAAUCUGCCAAGAACUCCUUUACCUUCUCUUUCUUUGAUUUUUAAUAAGUAGAGAUAGCUUUAUGUUACCCAACCCAUUUCUCUGAUAAGCAUCACAGGAAAAUCUUACUCUUCCCUGGGAACAUCUGAUAGUGGUAAGACAGAAAAGGAUGCCACAAUUUAAGAAUGCAAUUACAGAGGAGGCAUUACUUGCCUGCCAUACUUGUACAUGAUUGCUUCAUUCAAAACAAAAAGAAUCCAGUGCUGAACAAGUCCAACACCAAACUCUAUUGCUAUCAUUUCAGACUCAGUGGCUUAAGACAUAUAGCAUCAGAAUGUCUGUUUCAGGGAGUGCAUGCACUAGGAAGAUCCUGACCUAUGGCAAUAUCCAUUAGCCCCUAUAAAAUUCUACAGAAUUCAAGAGAAAAUACACACAUAUAAAGAGUAAAAAGUUUUGUCAACUCCGUAAUAGAACUCUAUGAUCCAAAAUCAAGCCAGAUUCUGGUCAGUGAGGCAAACUUCAAUCAUGACCUUUCAGUUCCACUAAAUGCAAUCAGACCUACUGCCUUCAAAACUGGAAUUCUAGAAGGCUCUGUGCUCUCUGGCUCAGAAUGAGCUCCUCCUAAGGACCAUAGGUCCCAAAUUUGGCUACACAUUUGAAACACCUAGAGAGCUUAUAAACACACUGAUGCCAAGGUUUUCACCUUGUGUCAGUCACAUCAGGUCUUGGAGCAGGAGCCUGUCCUCAGCAUUUUUAAAAAAUUCUUCAGUGAUUUCAGGGUCCAUCUAUGUUUGGAAGCUGCUAUAUUCUUUAAAUUUUUCUCUCUAUCUCUUCAUAUUUUCUUUUAAUUUUACUUUCAUUAAAUAGAAAAAUGCAAGGAAAAAAAAUCUAAGUUAAAACCAACUGUUGCUACCGAGAUCAUUCAUUUGUGUAUAUAUACAUCACAAGUAUCAUGAAUGUGAAUAUAAUUCAUUUUGGUUUCAAACUCUUAGGCCAAACCCUAAAAGUGAGGAAAUAAAAAAUUCCUCCUCAAUUAAUUCAUAUAUCCAAAUCUAUACUCCCCACAUACCUAGAUUUAGUCUCAAUGAGAAUAAUUACAUUGAUAUUGAAAGUGUUCUUUGGGGAAGGCAAAGUUCUACUUAGUCUAAAGAGUAUUCAAAA